CGUCGUGGUCAACCAGCUCUUUGGCCAGAAGACCGGACUAGGCAUGUCCUUAUUGACCUUUGACUGGGCACAGGUCGUUUACGCCAACCAAAGCCCCCUGUUAGUUCCAUUCUGGGCAGGCUUGAAUGUCAUCGGCUCGUUUGUGAUCUUCUACUGGAUUAUCUGUCCAAUUGUCUAUUACACCAACACCUGGUACUCGGCCUACCUUCCUUUGCUCAACCCCAGCACUUUCGACAACACGGGCAAGACCUAUAAUACCACACGCGUAAUGAACGCGGAUGGGACGUUUAAUGUGGAGGCGUACCGCAAUUAUUCGCCCAUGUUUCUCCCCGCCGGAUAUGCCAUGACGUAUGGGGUGGCAUUUGCAAAUUUGACGGGCAUCUUUGUCCACAUUGCACUGUAUCACGGCAAGGAUUUGAUUGAGCAAUGGAAGGGUAGGAACCAGAAAGAUGUUCAUGCCCGAAUCAUGGAUGGCUAUAAGAGCGUGCCGUGGUGGUGGUUUGCUGGCGUCACGGUCCUGAUGUUUGUGCUGAGCAUAGUGACCAACGAGGUCUGGCAUACCGACCUCCCAGCGUGGGCGGUGUUGCUGGCCUUCGUGUUGCCGAUCAUCUAUAUCAUCCCUGUUGGCAUAAUCAAAGCCCUCACCAACAUUUCCAGCAAUCAACUGAACCUGAUCACUGAGUUCAUUGGUGGCUAUGCGUUUCUUGGACGACCGGUCGCAAAUAUGACCUUCAAGUUCUACGGCUACGUGGGCGUGUCGCAGGGACUCGAAUUCGUGGCCGACAUGAAAUUAGCCCACUAUCUCCAUAUUGCGCCACGGACGCUGUUUGUCGCACAGGGGAUGGCCACGCUUGUGGGUGCUAUCGUUCAGUGCGGGGUGACUGUCUUCAUGAUUACACGGAUUCAUGGAGUGUGCACCUCUAAUGCCGCGGGGGGAUUUACCUGCCCUCAUGGCGAAGUGACAUACUCAUCAUCACUGAUCUGGGGCGUCCUUGGUCCCGAUCGAAACUUUUCUCCUAGCCAAAUCUACGGGAAUCUGCUCUGGUUCUUCCUUGUGGGACCCGUCGUAGUAGUCAUCACAUGGCUCCUCGGUCGGCGAUGGAGCAAGGUGAAUUAUCUUUCUUGGCCCGUCGCAUUCGGCGCCAUGAGCCUUGUGCCACCUGCGACGGGUAUCAACUUCUCGUCCUGGUGGCUGGUGAAUGUGAUCUUUAACGGGUUCCUGAAGCGGCGCAAGCCCGCCUGGUGGUCGAAAUAUAAUUACGUGCUUUCUGCUGCGCUCGACUCUGGGGUCGCUGUGUCUACCGUCAUCAUCUUCUUUUGCAUCACCCUUCCGGCUGGGUCAUUGAACUGGUGGGGAAAUACAGUAUAUGAGCAUACGGCAGAUGCAAAGGGCACGCCGUACAAGAGCCUUCCGGCAUCGGGAUAUUUUGGGCCGGCGAAAGGGACCUGGCACUGAUGACACUCCGACCUAGCUAAACAUGUGGACGAUCGUAUAUAAUAUUGAAUGUAAUGAAUGGUUAGUUAAUAUUGACGCGAGAGUUGGCGAGGUGU